CGCAGUAGAGCUGGACGAGAAGGAGAAGCAGACCCUCUACGACACGCAGUCCGCUUUGAAAGCCUACAAAAACUUUAAGACGUACUCGAACUUUGAGAAAAAAGACGGCUCGCCCGUGCUCACCGACGGGUUCUGCCCGGACCCCUUUAAGCCCUGCCAAAUGUACGAAUUGGUGGUCACGACGGACCAGUCGCUGCCCCACAUCAACGCCGGCGAGAACCUUUCGCUCGAAGAGGGGCCAAGCCUUCCCGCAGUCAAUCUGGUCGACUACGAGGACGCGGGGAACAGUUUCGGAACGGUCGGCAAUUUCCAUGGCGAAUCCGUGAAUUCUACGUUCGUCGACUCCGGCCUGCAGGACCGCAUUCUGUUCGGCGUGCAGGGCGGGAACCUGUCGCACGUGGACAAAAACUUACUGGCGGACGCGAAAGACUAUCUGUCGAGCCAAAACGCGAAGGACCGGCCGCGGCCGCUCGCGCGCGACAUUCUGGAGUGGAAAUUGAUGGGACCGAAGUCGAAAGUCGGCGACGGCCGGCGCGUCGGGGCGAAGCGCGCCCAGCUGUUAACCGGGACGGCGAGCAGCUCCGGCGACGUCGAAACGCAGGAGGGGCCCCCGGCAUUCGGGGUGGCCACCGAGGUGGGCAAGCACAAUCAGAAGAGCAUUUUCGGGAAAUACCAGGCGGAAGCGAGGAUGAUUCCGAAGGAACUGGUAAAGGAGACACUGGAGAAGGGAAAUCUCCAAACGGGCCUGAUCAACGACUAUUACGCGGUGAAAAAGAAAAACCUCGAUGGCAGCCGAAAAUUGAAACAAGUCUUCGACUUGUAGGAAAAAAUCGAGCUGUGAUGAAUGUUGAGAAUUUAAUCGACGUGGAUCACACAGAAGAUGGAGUGGAAGAGAC